CCUCCGUCUCUCACAUUUAUAUUGUGCUUCCUCUUCCCCAAUUACCCAAAAAAACUUGAAUUGAGUUAAGCCAUAAAAGCUUUCUCUUCCUCUCUCUCUCUUGCAAGUGGUUCAACAUUUCUCUCAUCUUUCAAUUUAGUUUUGUUUACUUACUUAAAUUUGUGUACUUUUUUUCUUUUCACUCACACUUUCUCAGUGUUAGUUUCAGUGGACUGUUUGUUGGGUUUAGCAGAUAAUGCGAGCAAGAGACUAAUCGAAUCUGAAGUUUCAGACAAAUGCUGUUGUUGAUCUUGUGGAAAUUUUCUUUUUUUCAAAGUCUUUUCAUUUUCUGUCUGUCUGUCUCUCUGAUUCUCUAGGGCUUUAUUUUUUGGGUCAUGAUUCUGUGAGAUCUUUCUAGAUUCAUUCAUUUUCCCCCAUUUUGUGGUUUGGUUAAUUCUUUGAUUCCUUAGAAACUGUUAAAGUCCGUUGUGGCUGAAGAGAAACGCCAAAAAUAAUCUCUUUUUAUUUUUUGCUCAUGCAAAGAAAUCUGAAUUUAGAUCUAAGGAUUUAAACCAAAGACACUCCUCCAAGUGGUUUUUGAGGAAAUGGAUUUCUUGAAAGUCAGAAAAUUUCGAAAGUCCAGGAAGCCAAACCUAGAAAAGGAGAAACAGGAGCAAGAGCUAGCAAGGAGUGAGAACACUGUAGCUGGUGUGACAGAUUCGGCAAAAGCAGAUGAGAUCGAAGAUGACGACGAUGAUUUCAUUACCAAUGAGGUUAAGAGAAGGCUUAAGGAGUUGAGGAGAAACAGUUUCAUGGUGUUGAUACCUGAAGAAGAUGAAGAGGAAGAAGAGGAAUCUUAUUUAGGAGAAGAUGAGGGAGAAGACAAGUGUUCAAGUGAGUGGAGAGAUGUGGUCGCUGAAGGACUUCAAUGGUGGGGAGGUUUUGAUGCUGUCUAUGAAAAGUAUUGCGAGCGUAUGCUCUUCUUUGAUCGCUUAAGCUCUCAGCAGCUCAAAGAAACUGGCAUUGGAAUUGCUCCAAGUCCUUCAACUCCAUCGCCAAGAUCUGCAUCGAAGAAGCUGUCAUCUCCUUUUCGAUGUCUUUCCCUGAAAAAAACCGAUGUUCCCGAGGAAGAUAUCGAGCAUUUGCAGGAGGCAGAGAUGGACCCUUAUCAGGAUCUAGAGAUAGCUUAUGUUGCUCAACUCUGCCUCACUUGGGAGGCACUUCAUUGUCAAUACACGCAGCUGAGCCACUUAAUCUCAUGCCAACCCGAGACCCAGACUUGCUACAACCACACUGCUCAACACUUUCAGCAAUUCCUGGUCUUACUACAGAGGUAUAUAGAGAAUGAACCAUUUGAGCAGGGCACAAGAGCUGAGCUUUAUGCUCGUGCCAGAAACGCAAUGCCUAAGCUACUUCAAGCUCCCAAGAUUCAAGGGUCAGAUAAAAAGGAGAUGGAGAAAGAUACAGACUUCAUGGUCAUCGCUGAUGAUCUCAUCAAGAUCAUCGAGAGCUCGAUCCUUACUUUCAACGUUUUCUUGAAAAUGGAUAAGAAGAAACCAAAUGGGGUUAUUCACUUGUUUGGGAACCACAACAAUAACCAUAUGAAUUCUACAACCCCUUUGCAACUGGUUCAGUCAUCUGUUGAAAAGAAGAGGGUGAAAGCGAAGGAGCUUUCGAAGAAAACAAAAGGUUUGAGAAAUAAAUCUUGGCCUCAAACAUGGGAAGGUGUUCAACUCUUGUUUGCAGCCAUUGACAUCAAACUCGCAUCUCGGGUUCUAAGAAUGGCGAAAAUCAGCAAAGAGCAUCUUCUAUGGUGUGAAGAAAAGAUGAAAAAGCUCGACUUUUCUCUAGGGAAGCUUCAAAGACACCCAUCUCCAAUUCUUUUCCCUUGUUGAUAAUUAAUGAUGAACACACAAUGAUAUCAAAAUCCAGUCCAAUCAACUGUGCCCUUAAAAUUUCACAAUGAUUUUUAUUGUGCAGACAAAUCAAUGAAGAAAUUGUGUGUUCUAUUUGCUUCAUUCUCUUUGCCUUAAGGUUUCAAAUCUAAGAACAGUUAGCUUUGGUCUGAGAUUCACUAGUUAGGGACCAUUUUCAUUGUUGUCGUUUGGA